UUUUCUUUUUCAUUAACAGACAUAUGUAGAGUGUGUCGGUCAGAAGGAACCCCUGAGAAACCUCUUUAUCACCCUUGUGUGUGUACUGGCAGUAUUAAGUUUAUCCAUCAAGAAUGCUUAGUUCAGUGGCUGAAACACAGUCGAAAAGAAUACUGUGAAUUAUGCAAGCACAGAUUUGCGUUCACACCAAUUUACUCCCCAGAUAUGCCUUCACGGCUUCCAAUCCAGGACAUAUUUGCUGGACUGGUUACAAGUAUUGGCACUGCAAUACGAUAUUGGUUUCAUUAUACACUUGUGGCCUUUGCAUGGUUGGGAGUUGUUCCUCUUACAGCAUGCCGCAUCUACAAGUGCUUGUUUACCGGCUCCGUGAGCUCGCUACUGACACUGCCACUAGACAUGCUGUCCACGGACAACUUGUUGGCAGAUUGUUUGCAGGGUUGCUUUGUGGUGACAUGCACACUGUGUGCGUUCAUCAGCCUGGUGUGGUUGCGAGAGCAGAUCGUCCACGGAGGAGCGCCGAUUUGGUUGGAGCAUGCUGCUCCACCCUUCAAUGCUCCUGGGCACCACCAGAAUGAGGCUCCAGCAGGAGGAAAUGGUGCUGAAAAUGUUGCCCCUGACCAGCCUGCUAACCCACCAGCUGAGAAUGCAGUGGUGGGGGAAAACCCUGAUGCCCAGGACGACCAGGCGGAAGAGGAGGAGGAGGAGAACGAGGAGGAAGAUGAUGCGGGAGGGGAGGACGCAGCCGAUGCCAACAAUGGGGCCCAGGAUGACAUGAACUGGAAUGCUUUAGAAUGGGACCGAGCUGCAGAAGAGCUUACGUGGGAAAGAAUGCUAGGACUUGAUGGAUCACUAGUUUUUCUAGAACACGUCUUCUGGGUGGUAUCUUUAAACACACUGUUCAUUCUUGUUUUUGCAUUUUGCCCUUACCACAUUGGUCAUUUCUCCCUUGUUGGUUUGGGAUUUGAAGAACACGUCCAAGCAUCUCAUUUUGAAGGCCUAAUCACAACCAUAGUAGGGUAUAUACUUUUAGCAAUAACACUGAUAAUUUGUCAUGGCUUGGCAACUCUUGUUAAAUUUCAUAGGUCUCGUCGCUUGCUGGGAGUCUGCUAUAUUGUUGUUAAGGUCUCUUUGUUAGUGGUGGUGGAAAUUGGAGUGUUCCCUCUCAUUUGUGGCUGGUGGCUGGAUAUCUGUUCCCUGGAAAUGUUUGAUGCUACUCUGAAAGAUCGAGAGCUGAGCUUUCAGUCAGCUCCAGGUACUACCAUGUUUCUGCAUUGGCUAGUGGGAAUGGUGUAUGUGUUCUACUUUGCCUCCUUCAUUCUGUUACUGAGAGAGGUACUUCGACCUGGUGUCUUGUGGUUUCUAAGGAAUUUGAAUGAUCCAGAUUUUAAUCCAGUCCAAGAAAUGAUCCACUUGCCCAUUUAUAGGCAUCUCCGAAGAUUUAUUUUAUCAGUGAUUGUCUUCGGCUCCAUUGUCCUCCUGAUGCUUUGGCUUCCUAUACGUAUAAUUAAGAGUCUGCUGCCUAAUUUUCUUCCAUACAAUGUCAUGCUCUAUAGUGAUGCUCCAGUGAGUGAACUGUCUCUUGAGCUGCUUCUGCUUCAGGUUGUCUUGCCAGCAUUACUUGAGCAGGGACACACGCGACAGUGGCUGAAGGGGCUUGUGCGAGCAUGGACUGUUACUGCUGGAUACUUGCUGGAUCUUCAUUCCUAUUUAUUGGGAGACCAGGAAGAAAACGAGAACAGUGCAAACCAACAAGUCAACAAUAACCAGCAUGCUCGAAAUAACAACGCUAUCCCUGUGGUGGGGGAAGGCCUGCAUGCAGCUCACCAAGCCAUACUCCAGCAGGGAGGGCCUGUUGGCUUCCAGCCUUACCGCCGGCCUUUAAAUUUUCCACUCAGGAUAUUUUUGUUGAUUGUCUUCAUGUGUAUAACCUUACUGAUUGCCAGCCUCAUCUGCCUUACUCUACCAGUAUUUGCUGGCCGUUGGUUAAUGUCAUUUUGGACGGGGACUGCCAAAAUCCAUGAGCUCUACACAGCUGCCUGUGGUCUGUAUGUUUGCUGGCUAACCAUAAGGGCGGUGACGGUGCUGGUGGCGUGGAUGCCGCAGGGACGCAGAGUGAUCUUCCAGAAGGUUAAAGAGUGGUCCCUCAUGAUAAUGAAGACUUUGAUAGUUGCAGUGCUGCUGGCUGGUGUCGUCCCUCUCCUGCUGGGGCUCCUGUUUGAGCUGGUUAUUGUUGCUCCCUUGAGGGUUCCCUUGGAUCAGACUCCUCUUUUUUACCCAUGGCAGGACUGGGCACUUGGAGUCCUGCAUGCCAAAAUCAUUGCAGCAAUAACACUGAUGGGUCCUCAGUGGUGGUUGAAAACUGUAAUUGAGCAGGUUUAUGCAAAUGGCAUUCGGAACAUUGACCUUCACUAUAUCAUUCGUAAACUGGCAGCACCAGUGAUCUCCGUGCUCUUACUUUCCCUGUGUGUACCGUACGUCAUAGCAUCUGGUGUCGUUCCUUUACUAGGUGUAACUGCAGAAAUGCAAAACUUGGUCCACCGGCGGAUUUAUCCAUUUUUACUGAUGGUCGUGGUAUUGAUGGGAAUCUUGUCCUUCCAGGUCCGCCAGUUUAAGCGCCUUUAUGAACAUAUUAAAAAUGACAAAUACCUUGUGGGCCAACGCCUCGUGAACUAUGAACGGAAGUCUGGCAAACAAGGCACAUCUCCACCACCUCCACAGUCGUCCCAAGAAUAAAGAGGUUGUCUCAACUACCUUGACCUUCCCCUUGCCUUUACGUGUCCUUUUUUGUGGACUUCUCUUUUUGGAGAUUUUUCCCAGUGAUCUCUCAGCAUUGUUUUUAAGUUAAAUGUAUUUGACUUGUGUUCUCAGCAUUCAGAGAGCAGCACUGCAAGGCUCUGCUGCCCGUCCUCCAUCUUCUGACAUCAUUGCUGUCCGAGAUCUGUAAUAUGUGUAAAUAGAAGUUCCUGGAUACCCUCAACCUUGGAUUAAACAGAAUGUGCAUUGUACAUCUUUAAACAAAAUGUAUAUUAAUUUAUUAAAUCUAGUUGUCACUUUAUUUUGGACCUGCUGUGAUCUUGACAGGAAACGUACCACAGAGCCAUAGUGCAGAGGCAAGACUUUUUAAUGACAUCUUUUGGAGCGCAACAUCUUGGUGUUCCUAGCAGUGCUUAUUAAGUAAACCAUACAUUCUGUCCGUCUUGGCUACUCAGACCUUACCAAGAAUGUAAAAGGAAACAAGUAGAAAUCAGCAGUGUGGAGUGUCUGUGGUAAGAAAACAUGAACUUUGUGCUUCACUGUCAAUCGUUUUUGGAAGUUAUUUUGUAUAACACCAAAGCUGUUGUACAUUUUCUACUGCCUGAUUUUUUUUCAUGUGUCUAUGUUUAUAAUAUUGUAUAGUAUCUUGUGUUAGGUGACGAGAUUAUUUUUAAUUUUGAUAAUUUAAUAUUCCUAGUGAUCAGCAUUGGGAGUGGGUUUUUGUGCUUGUUAGGGGCAUGUCUAUACUUAGAGGAAAAAAAAAGUCCAAAAGAAGUUCCCCCUCCAUCCCCUUUUCCCACACACAGCUAUCUUUUUUUCUUUUUGGCAGCAGUGGCCAUGCCAGAUCAUCGAUCUUACAGAAUAAUUUUGCCAACGAUACUGCAUCUUAGUGGAAUUAGGACGUACUGAGAUGUUUGUUAAGUGUAGAUGUGGUUUGUGGUCUUAGAUGGACAGCAUUAGAGAAGACUGGUUAGAACACCUAGUCCUGCUAGUUAGUGCAUCAGUGGGUGAGGAUUAGGGAGUACAUUUCUCCUCGUUUUCCAUGAGUAAAUCCCAGAGUCUCCAGAGCUUUUUGUUUACAGAAUAAAACUACAAAUAAAACCAACCUGAUUUUAUUUGUGCAGAAGGAAGCUGGCUGAGCUGGCCUUUUAACAUAGGAGUACAGAAUGUAUUUCAUUGGAAACGUGCUGUAAAAUCUCAGAACACUGAACACUUACAAACUUCAUUUUCCCUUGUAACCAAAGCUUCAAGGUAGAAGUUUAGAGAAAUAGUGAGAAUGGUUGGGCACAUGAUCCAAGUAUUUAAUGAUAAUGGUUUAUUGUAAGGGUGGUGUUUGUUGUUGAAUGGUAACUUAGAAGAUCUCAGAGAAAAUGGACAGCAUAGGUCUUCAGAAACCAUAAAAGAAUUUCCAUAUGGUAUUAAAAUCCAUAGACUCAAAUCUGAGGAUUUUUUAAAAUAUGAACGUCAGCCAAACAUAAGCUACCAAAAUCAAAGCAAUAUGUUAUGGUUGUUUUAUAUUUCAACAAAUUUUCCCAAGGUGGUGAGUGUUACUUUACUUUAAAAUAUAUUUUAAAACAUCAGUAUCAAAAAAGAGCUUGACACAGGAUUCAGUGUUACACUUUUUGGCACUUUUUAGCAGCCUUUUCUCUUGUAUUUGAAAUAAGGUCUUUGCUAGCCCUACCUUUACUUAGAAAUUUAGUCCUGCUGUAAAAAAUUAGGUGCAUUUUAAAACAUAAUGCCACCCAUCGUGGUGUAUGUCUAUAUAAAUUGUUCUCUUUGGGAGAAAAUAUUAUCAAAUUGGGCUUAUAAUUUGAUUAUGUUAAUUUAGGUUUCUUUUUUAAUUGUCCAGAGAAUUUGUAGAUCUUGAUAUAAAGUCAUUGAAACACAUUUAUCUGUUUUACCAGAAAGACAUCUAGGCAGAUAACAUAAAAGAUUAAAAAUUGUUAUUCUACAAAAUUUUAAAUGAAUCUUAUAUUUUGUAAAAAAGAAAAUAACAUAUGAAUGGUCAAAAAGUUGCCCUCCAUUCACUGGCAGAUAACUUUAUCUUGUCUUCCUGAAGGAUUUCCCCUGGUUUCUCAGUUGUGCUUUGUCCUGUUGUUUUCAAAAAGCUGGAUACUUUCAUAAGGAAAGCAUUUGCUGGCAUAAUAUUUACUUGGGUAGCAUCAAGAUUUUAUUAUUAACCAAUAGUCUUAUAAAUAUUUAAAACCUCUAGGUCAGAGAGUGCUAGUAUUGCUGCCCUUCUUCACGUGGAAUUUUUUUAAAUAAUAGUUUUGCUUCAUUUUACAUUGGGCUAAAAGUCUUCAAGGAAGUUAAUUAGGAAAGAAGACCUUUUUUGCUUCAUUUUUACUAUUUAUAAAUUGAAGACAAAUCAACAUUUGGGGUUAGUUUUACAUGACCUGUUAUCAAAUGGUCAUAGUAUGGAGUGUGCAUUUGUUUAUUAGCAAAUUAUGUUUGAUUUUUAAACUAUUAUUGCUAACAGAUGAGAUGAAAACUAAAGGAAAAUGUCAAUGUGAAGUUUAUGUAUAGCUAGCCUUAAAAAAGCUCCAUGUUUUUAGGUGAUUUUUCCUGUUAGUUCUCUGGAGAAACAGUGGAGAUUGGACAUCUCAAUUCCAGAUGUAAACACAAAGUAAUUUUUAUUUUGACAUUUAAUAUAACUGUUAUUACCGUGGAUUCUUGUCUUGUGUUUUUUCUUUCCCUAUUCAAGUAAGAGAGAAUAACUUUUCCUCAAAUGAUUUGAUCCUAGAUAUGUCAUUUCUGUCUUGGCAAAAUGCUAUCAUUAAAGUGUAAUUCUUGAAUUUAGGUUGAAUUGAUGACUUUUUAAAACA